AUGGGUGACUACGGCUCUGGUGUUCCAUCUUUACACCCUGUCCCGGUCGGCAAUAACCCUCCGCAAUCCUCGACAUCCCCCAAUGAGAUAUCCGUCCUGAUAACAGGCUUUGGGCCCUUCAAAACUAAUCUCGUAAAUGCUUCAUAUCUGAUCGCCUCCUCCCUUCCGUCGUCUUUUACCUUCCCGUCAGAUAAAGUGGGUUCGCGUCGAGUCUCACUUCAUGUACACCCCACCCCGAUCCCAGUGGCAUAUGCCACUGUGCGAGAAUCCCUGCCUUUGAUUAUGGAGGAGUUUGCAGCCUCAAAUGGUGGGCGAAGACCCGAUCUCAUCAUUCAUAUUGGGAUCGCGUCUCCACGACAGUACUACUCCGUCGAAACACUAGCUCACCGUGACGACUAUAUCAUUACAGACGUCGAAGGUCGCACCGGCUAUGAAUAUGGGGAGAAGCUAUGGAGGCAGUUGGGUUUGCCUCCAAUCCUCAUUCCUGGUCGUGCCACAGAGAACCCGUCCUCUCCCUCGUGCUACCAACCCGAAGAGCAGUUCCUAGAUACGUGGCGCUCUUUUGCUCCCAAGUCGGAUCUCCGGAUCUCCAAGGAUGCAGGCCAUUACUUGUGCGACUUCAUUUUCUACACCAGCUUGUCACUGGCUUUGCAACAUGGUCAUGAUCGAAAUGUCCUUUUCCUUCAUGUUCCCGGGGGUUCUGAGGAUGCUGAUAUUGAAGAAGGGCGGGUGGUUGCACUUGCCCUGAUCAAGUCAAUGGUCGCGUGCUGGAUUGAUAAGAAACAUGCCUAG